UGAAUGUGAUGGCACUUGGCAAAUGGCAGUGGAGAUACAAGUAAAUCAUAUGAAACAUGAAAGAAAGAGUAAUUAAACAUUAAAGAAUUUUAGUCAUAGCAGUAACACUUAGAGAAGAUGCUCUAGGGAGAGAGAGAGAGAGAUCGUCAAAGGGAAGAGAAGUAUAAUAAACAUAGAUAGGUGGAAUUGGGGGGGCCAAGGGAGGAUCUUUGGUCUCAAGUUAUCAUCAUUAUUAUUAACAUUAACAUUCCAAGAUCCAAUAAACUACUUACUCAUUCUUUCUUUCUUAGUCAUUAACCCUUAUCUUCCCCUGCAAUUUUGGGUUUGUUGGGGCAAGAUUUUACAGAAAUUAGAUACCCAAAUUAACCUUGCAACAGCUAGUCAAAACAGUAGACAGCUGAUCUUAAGGAAAUUGAUCAUAUGCACACAACUUGAUAAUCAGCUCAAGUAUAUUGCUCAGCUGAACUGAAACAUAUGUUGACAGAUUUCGUUCAAUCUUCAGCUGGGCUGUUUUCAGUAUCUUCAAGAUAAAAAAGGAACAAAAUGAGGUUCAAGAAUAAAUCAAGGAGCCCAACAACUUUACGUUGCAAUGCAGGACGCAGAUGCUCAUUUUCAAUUCUCGUAUGGAGCAUUGUUGGUUGCCUUCUUUUACUUCAGCUAUACUCCUUUAUUAGCCAAAAAGAUGCACACUAUGGGGGGGCACACUUACGUAUAAACCAGCACCCUCACUUUCGCGAGCUUGAAGAGGUUGAGGAGGAAAAUAUACAGCUUCCACCACCAAGGAAGCGAUCCCCACGUGCUGCCAAACGAAAGCCUAAGCGGCCAACCACCUUGAUUGAAGAAUUUCUUGAUGAGUCUUCCCAGCUAAGGCAUGUUUUUUUUCCUGGUCAAAGAACUGCUAUAGAUCCUCGUAUGAGUUUUGAAAAUGAUACCUAUUAUUAUUACCCUGGAAGAAUGUGGUUGGAUACUGAGGGAAACCCUAUACAAGCUCAUGGGGGAGGUAUUCUAUACGAUCAGAGGACAAAAAUGUAUUAUUGGUAUGGAGAGUAUAAAGAUGGGCCAACAUAUCAUGCUCACAAAAAAGGAGCAGCACGAGUUGAUGUUAUCGGUGUUGGUUGCUAUUCAUCCAAAGAUUUGUGGACGUGGAAAAAUGAAGGCAUUGUUUUGGCAGCAGAAGGAAAUAACGAAACACAUGACUUGUACAAAUUAAAUGUGCUGGAGAGGCCAAAAGUAAUUUACAAUGAGAAGACAGGUAAAUAUGUAAUGUGGAUGCAUAUUGAUGAUACAAACUACACGAAAGCUUCGGCUGGCGUUGCCAUUAGCGACUACCCCACUGGUCCAUUUGAUUAUCUGUACAGUAAACGGCCCCACGGAUAUGAAAGCAGGGACAUGACACUCUUCAAAGAUGAGGAUGGUAUAGCGUAUCUUGUCUACUCCUCAGAGGACAACAGUGAGCUUCAUAUUGGUCCACUUAACGAAGAAUACACAGACGCAACCCAAGCCAUGAGAAGGGUUCUUGUUGGACAACACAGGGAAGCCCCUGCUUUGUUCAAGCAUGAAGGGACCUAUUACAUGAUCACAUCGGGUUGUACUGGUUGGGCUCCGAACGAGGCCCUGGCUCAUGCAGCUGAAUCAAUUAUGGGGCCAUGGGAGACCAUUGGAAAUCCAUGCAUUGGUGGGAACCAAGUUUUUAGACAAACAACUUUCUUUGCUCAGAGCACAUUUGUGCUUCCUUUGCCUGAGCUACAUGGUUCCUUUAUUUUUAUGGCAGAUAGGUGGAAUCCAGCUGACUUGAAGGAUUCAAGGUAUGUGUGGUUACCUUUAAGAGUGGCAGGGCCAGUAGACCAGCCUCUUGAGUACAAUUUUGGUUUCCCCUUAUGGUCCAGAGUGUCUAUUUAUUGGCAUAAAAGAUGGAGACUUCCUUAUAGAUGGCAGGAAAUAAUAUGAGUAGAGGAAUAGAGAAUUAGUUGUACAAUAUGUUUUGCAAUUUUUUGGUUUUCUAAUAAUUUUUCCAUAGUUGUAUAUUAGUAUUAUUAGCAUUUUUUUUCUUAUUUCACCAUAAAGAGUAACCAAUUCCAUGCAGCAUAACAGUAGGUGUAAAUAUUUUAGAUGUUAAACCGCUGUGCGCUAUUCUCAUCCUUGGCUACGUUUGCCGUAAUAAUGUAAUUUUGGAGUUAGGAUGACUGUUCUUGAGUGAAAACGAGCUCGCCUUUCUCCUUCA